AUGCUCAAUCUUGUGCGAAAACCCAGUGGGUCGGCUCGACACUUGCAGACUUCUGCUCGAGCAGCUGCACUCGUUCAGAAGCAGAAGCCACAUCAUAACCAUGUACAACCGCGACCUGUCAUCGGCGGAGCUGACAUAAAACAAGGAAGAGAAAGAGAACGUGACGUAGUCCGAAAAACAGUGAAGCACGUCAAGCGCAAUGAACUCGGAGUUCAGCUCCUUUCUCGGGAACUGCAUUCACAAAUAUUUCGCGACAUCUCUUUUCCAGCACCAUCGAAAGCAUUCGUUCGUAUCGCACAGGAGCAUCUGGAAAUGCAUGGACUGGACCCCAAACAAGGUUCUGUUCUUCCUGAUAUCGGCUUCACCCUCCCACCCCUCCUAGGCUCAAAUAUCGACGAGCAUUUCCAUAGAAUCGGCAGUCAGUCCGCUCAACCAUGGCUAAACAUCGCGAAAGAUUUUGCAUCCAACGAACUUCCUCCAAAACCCGAUCACUGGGACAUACAAUCGGGAUGGACGAAAUAUCACUUCCUUGCCGAUGGUUCUAGCUACAGCGAACAUGUCAACUUCCCGCAACACGAAGGUAAUGCGGAAGAAGUGCUCACAUUUGACGUGGAAACCAUGCCCACGUAUCAUCCUUAUGCUAUCAUGGCAUGUGCUGCCUCAAAGAAUGCCUGGUACAGUUGGAUAUCGCCUUGGUUGCUGGGAGAAUCAGUUGAGCAACAACAUCUCAUCCCCUUGGGGGAUACGCUUUCCCCGCGCGUAGUCGUUGGUCAUAACGUCUGCUACGACCGAGCGCGCAUUUUAGAGGAGUAUAGCUUGCAUGGAACGCAAUCCCGCUUCCUCGAUACGAUGGCUCUGCAUGUUGCAGUAAAGGGAAUAUCUUCGCACCAAAGACCUGCUUGGAUGAAGCACCGCAAGUCCAAAGAGACUCAGAAAGUGCAUCGUGCCGAAGCGGUCGAGGCCGUCGUGGAACUCAUGCGUAAUACGGAGUUCAAAUACGACCAGGAGGAUGAUGAAACCAAACGAGAAGAGCUCCGCCGUCUCCGGACUGAUCUCGAGGAGAGCCUUCCGCAGCUCGAAGCUGCCGAUGCCGAUGCCGUAGAGGCUGAUCUCUCAAGUAAGCGCUGGGAAGACCUGACAUCUGCCAAUUCGCUGGCUGAUGUGGCCAAGCUGCACUGCAAUAUCGAUAUGGACAAAGAAAUUAGGAACGACUUUAUGAAGUUGACCCCAGAAGAAAUAAAGGACAAUAUUCACGACUAUCUCAACUACUGCGCGCAAGAUGUUUUCGUUACUCACGCCGUCUUUUCCAAGGUCCUUCCAGCUUUCCUUUAUCGCUGCCCGAGUCCCGUUUCAUUCGCCGGCGUUCUCGCGAUGGGUUCCAGUUUCUUGACGGUCAACGAGUCCUGGGAAUCAUAUCUUGCGGAUGCAGAUAGAGUCUACAAGGAGUUAGAUGGGAAAGUAAAAAAGCGCCUUGUCGAGCUUGCGGAGCAAGCCAAGGAUAGGGCGAGGAACGACUCUUGGAAGGAUGAUCCUUGGCUCUCUCAACUAGAUUGGUCACCCAAAGUGGCCGGGAAAUCUAGGGGUGUCGUGCCGGAUGAACAGCUUGACUCCACGGCAGCGUGCCCAUCUGUUCCCGCUUCUUCCUCCCGACGUAAGAAGUCCCCUCCUAAGGAACCCAAACCAAAGGUAUUUUGGCCGAAGUGGUACUGGGAUCUCGCAAAACCAAAAAAAGACAUGCCUCCCGGCACGCUGGAUAUCACAGUACGGAAUCGCAUUGCUCCCAUUCUCCUUUGUUUGUCCUGGCAAGGCUGGCCGCUCUUCUACUCCCGGGAACACGGCUGGACCUUCCGCGUCUCUGGGGACGCCGAUUUUCCUACCCGCUUUUCUCAGCUCGAUUUCUAUGAUCCUGCGGACGACGCCCUACAAGACAUGCGUCUGAAAGGAGGUUUUGUCUUCUACAAGUUACCACAUAAAGACGGGGAGAAGGCGAACGUGGGCAGUCCGCUUGGGAAAACGUUCAUGAAAUAUGCACAGGAUGGGACGCUUACAAGCCCCGGAGACGAAGCGAAGGAUGCACUGGACAUGAACGCGCAGUGCAGCUAUUGGAUCAGUGCACGCGAUCGCAUCUUAAAUCAGAUGGUAGUCUGGCAGCGGGGAGCGUUAGAUCUACAGUUUAAGUCACCUGAAUCUUCCGACGAACCCCAGAAAUGGGGUAUCAUCCUUCCCCAGGUAAUUACAAUGGGCACUGUGACGCGCCGCGCUAUCGAGAGGACGUGGCUCACGGCGAGCAACGCGAAGAAAAACCGCGUUGGUUCAGAGCUCAAAGCCAUGGUGCGCGCACCGAAGGGGUACGCCAUCGUUGGCGCAGAUGUGGAUUCAGAAGAGCUGUGGAUUUCGAGCUGUAUUGGCGACGCACAAUUUGGAUUACAUGGUGCUACGGCUCUUGGAUGGAUGACCCUCGAAGGCACCAAAGCCGCGGGGACAGAUCUUCAUUCAAAGACAGCGAGCAUCCUCGGCAUCUCUCGCGACCAAGCAAAAGUGUUCAACUAUUCCCGAAUCUACGGUGCUGGGAUGCGUCAUGCAGUCCUGCUCCUUCUACAGUCGAAUGCCGGUAUGCUGCCCGAUCAAGCUCAGCGCCUCGCAGAAAAUUUGUACGCAUCAACUAAAGGCAAAAACACUCAUCGCACGGAUUUAUUUGGGAGGAAAUUCUGGUUUGGUGGAACGGAGAGUUUCGUGUUCAACAAGCUAGAAGAGAUCGCGCUUUCUGAUCAACCACAAACUCCAGCUCUCGGAUGCGGAAUCACGGCUGCUCUGUCAAAGGAGCUUCUUCCGGCAAAAUUUGGGUCAGAUUACAUGACAUCACGCAUAAACUGGGUCGUGCAGUCCUCUGGUGUCGACUACUUGCAUCUUCUCAUUGUCGCAAUGGACCAUCUGGUCAGACAAUAUGGUAUCAAGGCGCGUUAUCUUAUCUCGGUGCACGACGAGUUACGUUACUUGGUUGCCGAAGAAGAUCGCUAUCGAGCUGCACUCGCGCUGCAGAUCGCCAACCUAUGGACACGGAGCCUUUUUGCCUUUAAAUUAGGAAUGGAUGACCUGCCUCAGGGGGUCGCGUUCUUCUCAGCCGUUGAUAUCGACAAGGUGCUGAGAAAAGAGGUCGAUAUGCCAUGUGUCACGCCUUCUCAUCCUGAUCCUAUUCCCUCUGGAGAAAGUUUGGGUAUUGCCGAUAUUUUAGAUAAGACAAACAGCGGUUCAUUGUGGAAAGAUGGACGUCCCAUGAUCGCGGACUUUCUACCUUCCCAAGCGUCCUACCAGCAUGACAAUUGCUACGAGCCUCCUAGCUGCCUUAUCCAUCGCGCUGAGAGCGCGGCUUGGCUGCGCGCCCAAGCUACCUCCGAGUUCCCUGAAAUUAAGCAUCUUGCGCAGACAUCAGGGCAGGUGACCGAUACCAGGAUCAGCGGCGCCCAGAAUGGCAAUGAAGGAAAAAAGCGCGGGCGUCCGGUGAAACAUGCUUCCAUGGAGCUGGAUGACUGGGAGGCGAUGCAAGAAGUGUUGAAAUCAGGGAACCUACGCUGAAGUCUAGCACCUGACGUACCGACGGAUCAUGCUCACACGGAUAUCUUAUCAUUGCUGUAUAUAGUAUUUUAAAUUAGACCUUGCAUAAUAUUAGAGUAGCCUUUUUC